CGCUCUCUCGCGUUCUCAAUCGCUAUUCUCUCAUCUGUUUGUUUCCAAGAACGGCGGAGGAGAGAGAGAGAGAGAAAGAAGGAAAAGAGAAAAAAUUGGGAAAAUUUUGGGGAAAAAUUCGGAAGAGAAGAAGCGGAGAGGAAUGGAAGAAGUUCGGAUUAGCUCUGCUUGGGUUGCUAGCCAUUCUAAUCAUGUUAAGGUUGAUUCUUCAGAACUUGAGAGAGUAGUGGAUAACAUUCAAGGAUCAAUUCCGAAAGUUGAAUGGAAUUUUGAAGGGAUCCACUAUUUUGACAAUGGACCACUUACUGUGCAAUACUUGUUUGUGCUGGAUGCACUUAAUUUCUGCUUCUGGCCAGACAAAGACUUGGACUAUAAUCAUUUGGCUUCUGAGCUGAAGGCAGCCUUGCUUAAUGAUAAAUCCGCCCUUGAUGCAGACCGUCUUCAGAGUUAUACUGGUCCUCAACUGCGUCAAUUGUUGAAAUGGCCCCGUGUGCUUCCAUUGGAGGAGGAACGAGUACGUCUCUUGCAUGAGGUAGGACAGGAACUGGAGAGGAGCUUCGGGGGAGAAGCCGCUAACCUUGUGAAGGCCUGUGGGAAGUCUGCCGUCUCUCUUGUCACACUUGUCGCACGCCAUUUUCCCGGUUUCCGGGAUCAUUCACUGUAUAAAGGCAGACAAGUGUUCCUGUACAAGAGAGCUCAGAUAUUUGCAGCUGACUUAUGGGGUGCUUUUAAGGGGCAAGGAUACGGGUAUUUUUACGACAUAAGUUCGGUAACUAUAUUUGCAGACUACAUUGUACCAGCUGUGUUAAGGCAGUUGGGUGUGCUAAGGUACAGUCUAGAAUUAUCGAGCUCUAUCGAUGCGAAGGAUGAAAUUAGUCCUGGUAGUGAACAGGAAGUUGAGAUUCGUGCUUGUUCCAUUGUUGCUGUUGAAAAAAUGAGGGAGCUCCUUGAAAGAAAAUUCGGCAAACAGGUCCUGAGUGUGGAGAUUGAUCUAUGGCUAUGGGCGAUGGGGGUUCAAAAUCCAUCCUUGAAACAUCAUCGCACACUAUCUAUAUACUACUGAACCACCACCAUCACCACCACCACCCAUUCUCUUUUGUUCUUUCUUCCAACUUGAAAAUGGUCAGGGGGACAUGUCUAUCUGUGUUUUAAUUUUUCAUCCAUUUUCACCACAUUUUGCUGCUGCCCCAAUAAUGGGCAACAAAAUUUUUAGACAAAAAAAAAAAAAAACAUAUUGUUAACUUUUGAUUACUUCAUAUGAUCUUAUAUUUCUCUGCUUGCCGUCUGGA